ACACUGAGAACUGAAAUCCAGGAUCCGGAUAGGAUUUGGAGGAUUGGAUGGAGAUAAUCCAAGCAAGUUGCGGAUGCAGAAACUACCUUCAACCUCGCCUCAACUCUCGAAUUUUCUAUUCCAACUCUCGAAAUUACUCUGUUAAUUAUUACUCCCGAUUUCACCCAAGAUCAAUUUUUUCUCGCAAUGGAUUCGUCUUGUCUGCUGCCAGUCCCGAUUCAGUGGCGACGGAGGUUGCUCAAGUUGAUCUUUCCUUAGCUAUUAAAAAGAGAGCAGCGGAGAUAUCCCCUAAUUUAAAGGGAACUUCUAUAUUUCUUGUUGGGAUAAACAGCACCUUCAAAUCGAACUUGGGGAAAAUUCUUGCCGAUACAUUACGAUAUUACUACUUCGACAGCGAUAGUCUGGUUGAGGAAGCUGCCGGUGGAAAAACUGCAGCAAUAUCAUACAUAGAGAGAGAUGAAGAGGGAUUUCUUGCCUCAGAGACUGAGGUACUGAAGCAGUUGUCGUCCAUGGUUCGCCUGGUUGUUUGUGCUGGGAAUGGAGCAGUUAAAGAUGCUAGCAAUCUGGCACUUUUGAGGCAUGGAAUUACCAUAUGGAUCGAUGUUCCUUUAGACUUGGUGGCCAGAGAGAUUGUGGAAGAUAGAAUUCAACUUUCUGCUACUGAUAUGUUGAUAUCUGGAUCUUCUCCUGAGGUUUUGGCUCAACUCAAUACACUGUAUGAAUGUCGGCGAAGUGGAUAUGCUACAGCUGAUGCAACCAUUUCAAUCCAAAAAGUAGCUUCGGAAUUAGGUUACAAUGAAUUGAAUGCUGUGGAUGCAGAAGAUCUGUGCAUGGAGGCACUCAAGGAGAUUGAAAAAUUGAUGAGAGCAAAGAAGAUGAUGGAAGAGGCUGCCAAACCAUUUUAACCAACCAGUGUUACAGUUUGAACUAGCGGAACUGGAACUGGCUUUGGAUCCACCAUUGCUUCUCCUGCUCUCGAUACCACUUCUUGAGAUAAAUUAUACUGAAAAUGUCUCUUUUUUUUUUUCCUAGUACAUUCCUAGGAUGGAUGUAUCAUGUUGAAUCUUAUGAUUGUUGAAUGGAUUUGAACCUUAUCUUAUAUCUUGAUUAUGUUCAAAGCUCUUAAAUGAGUUGGUUC